CCUGCAAGCUGGCGUCGCUGCCGCUGCCUCUGCCUCGGCCGCUGCUCCCGAUCCCUGGACUAUAAAAAGCCAAAGUUACACAGUUUCCGAAUUAAACUCUUAACAAAACAUCACGCGACCACAACACACUCACAAUUCAAAAUGGCCACUUCCGGUUCGCUCGUCCUGCUCGCCGCCAUUCUCUGCCUGACUUCCGGCGCCCUCACUUCCGCCCAGCAGAUCCGCAAGGAAAGGGAACCCGAGGCGACGCCCAAAAGCGGCGUACGAUUACUGGAUCGUUUUGAUAACCGAUAUCCGGACGGAAGUUACGAAUAUCGAUUCGAGCUGGACGAUGGAACGUCCCGGUACGAGCGGGGAUAUUUUGUGAAGAUCGACGAUGUGAAGACCCUGAUGGUGGUCGGAUACUACUCCUAUCGGAUGACGGACGGAAGGUUCAUAACCGUGUUCUAUAAUGCUGAUCAGUUUGGUUAUCGGCAGAAUCAGUCGAUCACACCACAGGUGUACCCCAACCUGCCUCGCUCCAUCGAAGUGCCCAUGGCCACUGUCGACUCCUCCCAAUCCCGGUCGGAGGAUACCACCACGAAACUGGGAACGACAACACCCCGGGGGGCUGGGGUUGGGGCUGCGUCCGGGGCGGGGACGAGGGGCAAGGGCCGCUACUGAAGCUGAAAACUGAAGCCGAAUA